AUGCGUAUAUCUACCUUGUUCCCGACGGUCGCUCUCCUUUGGGUCGCUCUGGUGGAUGCCAAGUUGGUCAAGUACACCCUCACGAUCACUAACGGCACUAUCUCCCCUGACGGUAACCCUCGAGGAGCAUGGCUAAUAAACGGCCAAACACCUGGACCACAUCUAGUGUUUGAUGAAGGGGACCAGGCUGAAAUUCGAGUUAUUAAUCAUGGGUUUGAACCUACCACUAUUCACUGGCAUGGGAUCGAGCAGAAGGGAACACCUUGGUCCGAUGGUGUACCAGGCCUUACUCAAUAUCCCAUAUCAGUCGGACAGGAUUUCAUCUAUCGGUUCAACCUCACCCAAUAUGGCUUCCACUGGUAUCAUUCGCAUUAUAAAAUGCAAAUGGACGACGGUCUCAAAGGAACUAUCUUUAUCCGGCCAAGACCUACCCGUGCCAACCCGUUCAAACAAAUUUCGACCAACCCGGAUACAAUCAAACGCCUCGAGAAGGCAGCUAAUAAUGCGCUGAUGUUCAACACUUACGAUUACAAGCACUACAUGUCUGAUUGGUGGAUGUCUGAAUGGAAACGAACUGGAAUCGAGCAGCUCUGCGUUGAUAAUAUUCUGAUUAAUGGCAGAGGACAAGUAGCUUGCCCCAAUAAAGCAAUUGUCGAACCUUUGGUUCUCGACGUUCAGAAGCCCCUCACGCCCAAAGGAUGCAUGUCUCCGAACAAUACAGUUAUGUAUCCUUUCUCAGACUCGAAGCCUGAUAUUGUAUCCUCGAAGGUGUUUUAUGAAUGCACCAAUACUACUACUAACCUCCAGCACUGGGUUGUUAACAAGAACGAUAAGUGGGUCGCGUUCAACUUAUUGAACAGUGGGGCCCUCUGGGAUCUGCGGGUCUCUGUCGAUUCUCACACACUUUAUAUCUACGCUGCGGAUGGAAAUUAUGUCAGGAUUAAGAAGGCGAACUCUAUCACCAUCCCUGUCGGGGAACGCUAUUCGUUCUUUCUUGACCAACCUGUUGAUGAUUAUGUAGUACGGGUCGCCGCCGCUGUUGUCCCCCAAAUGCAAUCCGGCUUUGGUGUAUUGUCUUACACUAAGAGAGGCUCGACCACUGCAACUGGACCUCCAGUCAAAACAACCCCCACCGCCAAGAGCCCCUUUAUUGAUUAUGUCGGAAAUAUGCGAGUUCUUUUCUCAGAAACUCUUCUAUGGAAUGCUGAGGGUCUUAUUUUUUCCAGUAUUAAUAACGGGACUGACCUUGCUACUCAUGCGCUUGCUCCUUACCCCGCUAAUCCUCCACCCCAAGGGCCUGCUGAUCGCACGAUUCGCCUUAAUGUCGAACGCCCUGAGGAAAUGGAAUGGACUUUGAACGGUGUACCUUGGCACGAACAUAGCGAUGAUACAAUCCCUCUGCUAUUUGACCCUGCCAGCUUUUCGCACCUGGAUAAUCGGACCCAUUUCUCCUACCCUUACGGAACUCUGGUCGAUGUCAUUAUGGUCAUCAAUGCGGGUAAUCCAGCACUCCACCCUCCUCAUCCUAUGCACAAACAUAGCAACAAGGCUUGGUUUUUGGGAUCUGGUACUGGCGACUUCCCUUAUGAAACUAUUUAUGAUGCCAUUCAAGCAAACUAUACAAACAUCAACAUUGUCAACCCGCCUUAUCGUGAUGAUUUCGUGACGCCCGUUGAUCUUACUGGAAAGGCGUGGGCGGCUUUUCGCUAUCGCGCUGAAGACGUCGGCCCUGUUAUUUUGCACUGCCACAUCGAUCCCCACCUUGCCACUGGAAUGGCCGUGGUAUUCAUGGAAGCUCAGCUGCUCAUUCAACAAACGAAAUACGAUGGAGCCACCCACUACCGGCAAAUUUUAGACGUCAAUCGUGCCACGGGUCUACCCGCCAUGGCAAAAUCACCGCUACCCACUCUUCAGCUGCUAUCCCACAAAUUCAAGGUGACAGCCCUUUGUGACGUAUCAAAGUUAUCGCUUCAACACUGUGCAGCCAAAUUUGGAGUUUCUUCUGAUGAUUUACAUGAAAAUUCCUUGGAUUUGGUGAAAAGAGAUGAUGUUGACCUUGUUGUUGUCCUCAGUGGUGAUGAAUACCAUGCCCCUUUAGCAAUCCAAGCGGCUAAUGCUGGGAAGCAUGAAACCGAUGGUGUUACUGAUGAGGAUGCAGACUCGGUCAUAGCUGCGCAAAAGCAGAAUAACGUGAUCAUAUUCGUUGGAUAUAUGAGGCGUUAUGCACCUGCCUUUCUGGAAGCCGUUAAAAUCGUACACAACAUGAAUAAGAUUCAGUAUGCUCGUGUUCGAGACAUUAUUGGACCGAAUAAAUUCUUCAUAGAUCAAUCCGGGACUUUCCCUGGACGCUUUGAUGAUUUUUCUCCGGAAUUUAGUGCCGAUCGCGUUGGGCGUGCUCAGACAAUCAGUAACACGGCUCUCGGCGCUCAGCGCGCCAAAGACUCGGAUAAGGUGUUUACAUACCGUCUACUCGGGGGGUUAGGCUCCCAUGAUCUCUCGGCGAUGCGGGAGCUACUGGGUCCUCCGAAGCGAUGUAUCGGAGCCGGGAAGAUCACAGAUGGAAUGUUUAUUACAGCUCUGUUCGAGUAUGACGGCUUCAUGACGACAUAUGAAACCGGUAUCGAUACUGUGGGAAAAUUCGAUGCACACCUUGAAGUAUAUGGUGACGGCAAACGGGUCAAAGUCACUUAUGACACCCCUUUUGUGAAGGGGCUUCCUAUCACUUUGACUGUUUCUGAGAAUGACCCCAAUGGUCAUUACCAUGAACGAAUAAUCCGCCCAACGUAUCAAGAUACAUAUACAUGCCAGUACGAAGCACUAUACGAUUCUGUUGUGAAUGGAUCGACCGUCAAAACUACCCCAGAAGAUGCAAAAGAAGAUUUGAAGAUAUUCAAGAAGACAACUAGCCAAUGGAGCGAUUUCUAUCUUCGUAUUGUACGGUCAAACCAGCAUGAUACUUGCACCCGCUCCGAUGGCUCCGAGUUAUUUUGGCCGUGUUUUGAUUCGACAAGUUUGGUCUCCUGCCAAGAUGGAGGGCGAAGAGUUGUCGAUAAACACGAUGACAUUUGGCGUUAUUUGUUGCACGGAGAUCAGAUCGAAGUUGCGGUGCAGACUUACGCCGGAGAAAUCCAGGUAGACAAAUUCGAUGCGGUGGUAAGGGUCUACGAGCAGUGGGAGCCUGAGCUCGAGACUCUUGCGCGGUUGUAG